AUGCUAUCUAUUUCUCCAAUUCGCGAGAAUAAAAAAGGCGUCCUACGUAUGCCAAGUAGUGAGGUAAAGGAAAGAAGCAAACCUAAAUGCUCUGUUGCAUUCUGUGAGACGGUUGAAUUCAGAACUGUUUAUGUUACUAAGCAGGAAAGAUUAGGCCAGUUUUAUGACCUAACUCAAUGGGAUUUCAUUAAUGAAGACAAACAAGAAUAUGCACAAGACCUUAUUGCGGAUUUUGCAGCAACAUGCAUACCUCUCAAGGAUUCAGAUGACUCAACAGGCAAUCGAAAAAUUAAGAGAUUAUUUUGGAACUACAGUGACGAGAAUUGCUGUAAUAAUUUUACUAUUUCUUGGCUUAAUUCGUGUUCUAACGAAGAAUCUAGUUUCGGCACUGAAAUGGAUCAGGAAUCAAUGUUUCAUCAUUUUGAAGAUAGCUAUUCAAGUGAAAUCGAGUUUGACCAACAGGAUGUAUCCUUUCAAGAAUUUGAUACUGACUUCACUCGUGAAGAAUACGAGGACAGUGUAGAAGAUGACUAUUUUAUUGAAAGUGAAGAGAUUAACAUUAGUAUUAGCUACGAAUGA